UACUAGUGCUGCAUGAGUACCAUCUUUUCAUCCUGGGAUUGCUACAUAAGGCUCUUACCUGCACUGGCACUGAUUACUCAUGGAAAAAAGUGCUGCAUGAGUACCAUCUUUUCAUCCUGGGAUUGCUACAUAAGGCUCUUACCUGCACUGGCACUGAUUACUCAUGGAAAAAAGCAUGGAACAAAUUAGCAAGAUCUUGCUGUCCCUCACUCCUCCUGAGGUUGCUAUACUCAAGGAAGGAAUCAAUUUCCUCAGGAACAAAGAAGAAGGCAAGAGUUACAUCUUGUACAAGGACACUGAUACUCUGCGAGCAUGCAAGAACAUGUGCAAACACCAGGGAGGGUUGUUCAUUAAAGAUAUUGAAGAUCUCACAGACAGAUGUGUACGUUGCACCAAGCAUAACUGGAGGUUGGAUGUGAGCACAAUGAAGUAUGUUAACCCUCCAGAUAGCUUCUCUCAAGAUGAACUAGCUUCUGACAGUCCUCCGGGAGCUGCAGCCUCAACUUGGCCUGUCUCAGUUUCUUCCUGUGGUCCAACAGAUGAACUCUCAUUCUGUUGCUCUGUUGGAGGGUUGCCAACUUUCUUCUCCUCUUCACUAUCCAAAGUUGUUGAAAUGGAUGAAGCUAAUGGACUGAUGCUAAUUGAACUGCAUCCUCCAAAUCCAUGGGAUGCGGAACCUAGAAAGCCUGAAGAUCUGGCUUUUGGAGAGGUGCAGGUGACAUAUAUAACUCAUGCAUGUAUGGACCUCAGACUAGGAGACAAAAGAAUGAUAUUUGAUCCAUGGCUAACAGGUCCUGCCUUUAUACGUGGCUGGUGGUUACUUCAUGAACCACCCAGUGAUUGGUUAGAACGGCUUUGUCGUGCUGAUCUAAUCUACAUCAGCCACAUACAUUCUGAUCAUCUCAGUUACCCCACAUUGAAGAAACUUGCCGAACAGAGACCAGGUAUACCCAUUUAUGUUGGGAAGACCGAAAGACCUGUAUUCUGGUACCUUGACCGGAGUGGUGUAAAGCUGACCAACAUUAAUAUUGUUCCAUUUGGAGUUUGGCAGGAGGUAGACAAGAACCUUAGAUUUAUGAUAUUAAUGGAUGGUGUUCACCCUGAAAUGGAUACUUGCAUCAUUGUUGAAUAUAAAGGGCACAAAAUCCUAAAUACAGUGGACUGUACCAGGCCCAAUGGAGGAAAGCUUCCUGAGCAAGUUGACCUUAUGAUGAGUGACUUUGCAGGUGGCGCAUCAGGAUUCCCAAUGUCAUUCAGUAGAGGAAAAUUCACAGAGGCAUGGAAAGCCCAGUUUAUUAAAACUGAAAGGAAGAAGUUGCUGAAUUACAAGGCCCAGCUGGUUACUGAUCUGAAGCCAAAAAUCUAUUGUCCUUUUGCAGGAUAUUUCAUUGAAGCUCAUCCUUCUGACAGUUAUAUCAAAGAAACAAACCUUAAAAAUGACCCAGAUGUGUUGAACAGACUAAUUCGAAAAAUGUCAAGUGACAUUUCAACUUGGACACCGAAACCUGGAGCCACCCUGGAUUUAGCAAGGAUGCUCACAGAUCCAACAGACAAGAUGGGAAUUGUAGAUCCUCCAGCAGGGACAAAAGUUUUCAAAGACUCAUGGGACUUUAAACCAUACAUACUAUCUCUCAGAGCUGCGAUUGAUGAUGAGAUAUUUCUCUAUUCCUCCUGGGUGAAAGAAUACUAUAUUUGGGCUGGGUUUAAAAACUAUAAUCUUGUGAUAAGGAUGAUAGAAACAGAUGAUGAUUUCACCCCUUUGCCUGGAGGCUACAACUACUUGGUGGAUUUUUUGGACCUAUCAUUUCCAGCAGAAAGACCAUGCCGUGACCAUCCAUAUGAGGAAAUAAGAACUCGAGUUAGUGUUGUGAGGCACGUAGUGAAGCACGGAUUACUCUGGGAUGAUCUGUAUAUAGGAUUCCAGACUCGGCUGCAACGUGAACCUGACAUAUAUCAUCAUCAGUUCUGGAAUCAUUUCCAAAUAAAACUUCCACUGGAUCCACCUGACUGGCAGUCAUUCUUGGCAGGACACAACGAAAAUGUGAAGUAAACAUACAAGAGUACUGGCUGUGUAGCCAAUAUGGAGAGGAGUUGAUUAAUGUAUCUCCUACUAGAAGUCAGUUUUAUUUUUGCAUUCUCUGUGGAAAAGUGUAAUGGUUGACAUCUGGACUAGAGUUGCACUAGCACAAUGAGAGAAGGUGCACACACUUAAGAAGUUUGCAGAGCUGUGUGAAGUUGCGCUCUGUAAUGUUGUGCAACCACUAGUGGAAGCCUUUCUCUGGGAUAUGCAUAAGCUUUGCAGCAGGUUUGCAACACAUUGGGCAACUGGUUGUACUACUUGUCAACUUCUGCGAGCCAGUGUUCCCUCUAACAGGGGUUCCCAGAUGUUGUUGACUACAACUCCCAUAAUGCCCAACCAGACACCAUUGAAGCUGGGGAUGCUGGGAGUUGCAGUCAACAACAUCUGGGAAUCCCCGUUAGAAGGGACACUGUUGCUAGCGCAAGUACUAGUCCAGACCGGAUCACAAUGUCCUUGCACUACAUCCUUGGAAGAAUUGUUCUUUGUGUCUUUAUUCUUUGCUUUGGCUUUCCCCCCAAAAUAAUUCAUCAUCUUCAUCUCCUGAGGAAGUCAAUGAUUUUUCUGCGAAUGAUCACUGGAAGUGUGGGGUUGAAAGCUUGUGACACUUUCAAGGAAUUUAUCCAAUACAAAUAAUAUCAACUGUUCUGUGCCUCUUAUUUACUGCAAUAUAUAAUUUAUCCAUUAAAAAUGAUGAAA